AUGAUGAGCAACAACGAAGAACUUGACAGUCAUUCUAGUACCAUCACAAAUGUGGCAACUACUCCUACAAUAGUAGUUUCUCCUAAAGUAGCACCUUUGCUCACUCCUGGAGGAACAAAAGAAUGGCUUCCAAUAUGCCCCAAUGAGUUGAAACCAGCUAUAGGGAUGAAGUUUAAUAAUCUUGAAGAGGGCCUUGAAUUUUAUAAAAGAUACGCAUUUGCUGCUGGAUUCAACACAAGAAAGUCUACAACUAAAAGGCAAAGAAGAAGCAAAGAAUUGAAAUCACAGUAUAUCUUAUGCAAUAAAGAAGGAUACAAAGAGAAAAGAAAGCCUACUGUUGAAAAAGAUUCAAAUAACAACGAAGGAGAAAGCAAUGAAGAAAAAACUUCAAUCAAAAGGAAGAGACUCGUUACUCGUGUUGGGUGCAAGGUGAAUAUUGGUCAUGUUGCAACUUUUCGAAUGAUGAAGGAAAUUGUUGGAGGAUAUGAUAACAUCGGUGCAUCUAAGCAAGAUUUCAAAAAAUUUCAUAGAGAUUUGAAAGCAUACAUUCAAGGGAGUGAUGCUCAAAUGUUCGUGGAUAACUUUACCAACAAAAAGCUAAUGUGGAGUGCUUUUUUCUUUGAUUUUGAGAUGGAUGAAGAUUAUUGCCUUUGUAGAGCAUUAUGGGCUGACCCCCUUUGUAAAAAGAGUUACGCUCUUUUUGGUGAUAUGGUAUCCUUUGAUACCACAUACCAAACCAAUAGGUACAACAUGGUGUUUACUCCAUUUACAGGGGUUGACCAUCAUAAGAGCUGCAUUACUUUUGCUGCUGGUUUCAUAGCGAAGGAAGAUAUAGUGUCAUUUGAGUGGUUGUUCAGAUCAUUUCUUAAAGCAAUGGGUGGAAAUGAACCGAAUUGUAUGAUUACAGAUCAAGAUCCAGCAAUGAAAAUUGCUGUUAAAAGUGCGUUUAACAAGACUGAACAUCGGUUCUGUAUGUGGCACAUAAUGAAAAAGUUACCAGAUAAGGUGGAGAAAUCAAUCAUGCAAGAAGAAACUGGUUUCCUAAAAAAAUUAUGUGCUUGUGUUUGGCAUCUUGAAAUUGAACCUGCUGAGUUUGAAGAAAGGUGGAACAAGGUGAUGGUUGAAUACCACUUGGAAGAACAUGAGUGGUUAGGUUAUAUGUACAAGAUAAGGAACAAGUGGAUUCCGGCGUAUUUCAGAGAUGUGUUCCUUGGAGGAAUAAUGCGUACAACAUCAAGAUCCGAAAGCGAAAACAACUUUUUCUGCUCCUUUAUCAAUCCUCAUGUGUCACUUGUUGAGUUUUACUUGAGAUAUGAAGCUACAAUUGAUGCCCAGAGACACACUCAAGGUCAGAAUGAUAAUGAUUCAAAGCACAAAUAUCCUGAGUGCAAAACACCACUAGGGAUAGAAAGAAAGAAAAUGGAUUGGAAGUUGCAAAAACAUAUGAUUUGGGUUUGGAAAGCAAAAAGGUUUGAAACCAUUCCUGAGCAGUAUAUGCUACACAAAUGGACUACUAUGGCACUAAAAAAACCAAUUUUUGACUUGGGUGGAAACCUAUUGGAGCAAUGUGCUAAUUUAAUUGACAAGAAAAAAUUGUUAAAUGACUUAUGGUCAGAGAUACACACUUGUGUAAGUUUGGCAGAAGGAAAUGAUGAAGAUAUUCAAGAUCUUGUGAUAAAUCUUCAAGGAAUAAGAAAGGAUUUGGAAGCUAAGAGGAUUGCAAUAAAUAAUGAAACAACAGGAAGUGCAAACAACAAAGCACAAGACAUUGAGCUAUUGAUUGGAGCUAGUGUGCCAACUGAAAUAAUUGUCAAACCUCCAAAAAUUUCAAAGAAUAAAGGGACUGGAGUUCAUGUAUCAAAUGAAGAGACUUCAAAAGAGAAAGGGGCUGGGAUUGAUGUGCCAAAUGUUGAAACAAGAGGUAGAAGUGCAAAAAGGCUGAAGGGAGAAAAAGAAAAAACUAUUGUAUUACAGGUUGUGAGUGCGUGUAAGUAUGUGCAUCUGUUUCUGUGUGUGUUUGUGUCAGUGUGUGUCUGUUGUGUGUGA